GCUUGCUCAUCUCCGUUGAGCCCGGUUUCCUUGAUCCACGAUUGUCUCAACCUGAAGGAAAGAUCUUCCCUCGUAAUCGAGCGAAUGCGAGCUCAGCGGACCAUGACGUAACCCGACCAUCCGACAGCCAGCGCCUUCGUUGUCCCAUCCACCAUAUCAGUGGGCUGGAGCUGCUUUGACCCGCCCGUCCUCAACAACGUCGUGCCUAUCGAUCACUAGCGCAAAUUACAUCGGCUCAACUCUAGUAGCAUGGAGAAUUACCCGGAGUUCGGUCAUGCCACCCUACCAUUCUUUGCAAUGGAACCUGGGUACGCGAACCUAAACCAUGGUACGGCGGGCGGUAUACCGCGGCGUGUCGAGGAUGCAAGCCAAGAUCUGGCUGCCCGUAUCGCAGCGAAUCCAGAUCGCUUCAUUUGGUUCCACUAUCGACCGAUGCUGGAGGAGGUGCGCGGAAUGGUCGCCAAACUGAUCGGUGCAGAUCCCAGCGAAUGUGUCUUCGUGCCGAACGUCUCCCAUGGGAUCAGUGUCAUCUUGCGAAACUUCACUUGGGAGGAAGGCGAUGUCAUCGCCAUCACCAAUUGCACGUUUGGAACCAUCAGCGCUGCAGCACGUUACGUCUCCGAUACUCCUCCUCAUCCAAAGCUCUCCAAGUUCGUUCUAUCUUUCCCAGAGACGCGUGCCUCUAUCCUUGAGCGAUUUCGCGAGUAUCUUAAAAACCUGAAGGCAGAACAGCGCCGAUCGGCGUCCGGGAUUUCCAAGGGCAAGAUCGUCGCGGUGUUGGAUACCAUCUCGGCGACUCCCUCUGUCUACAUGCCCUGGAAGGAGAUGGUGCAGAUCUGCAGAGAAGAGUCAGUGUGGAGCGUCAUUGAUGCGGCACAUUCGCUAGGCCAAGAAGUAGACAUCAACCUAACAGAGGCAGCGCCUGACUUCUGGGUGUCGAGCUCCUCAAAAUGGAUGUACACUAAGUACGGUUGUGCACUGCUCUAUGUGCCAAAACGCAAUCAUCACAUCAUCAAGUCCGCAUUUCCUACGAGCAUCACGUAUGGGGCACACUUACAUGGAGGACAAGAUGAUCUCCAAUCGAAGUUCUUCUGGACCGGAACGCUAGACUUCACAAUACCUCUGAGCAUCAAGCCAGCCCUAGAAUUUCGAAGCUUCUUAGGUGGCGAGAAGAGAAUCAACCAGUACUGCCGCGCAUUGGCACUUGCUGGCGGGAAACGGCUCGCUGAAAUCCUGAACACACGUACAAUGUUUUCGGCUGACUCUGAUGAAGCGGAGGCACUCACUGCAAAUAUGAUCAACGUCGAGAUCCCGUUGGCAAGCUCAAUAGCGCCGACGUCGGCUGUCACCCUGAUGUUCCAGGACAAGUUGCUCAACCAACACAACGUAUAUGCGUCGCAGUUUUACUAUGAUGGCAGAUGGUGGACGAGAGCAAGCGCGCAGGUAUACAACGAGAUUAGUGACUUCGAGAAGCUCGGGAAUGCUCUGCUGAUUGUAUGCGCGGAGGUCACAAAGGAGGUUGCCGAACGAGCGCAGAUAUGACAGCACGUCGGUCUUGUACAUAGCCCAAGUUCUACUUAUGUGGCUGAUGAAAAGAGAGCACGGAUCGGAAACGC